GCUAUUUGCAGCACCAGCCAGCAGGGGGAGCCGCGUUGUCUCCUCUGUGCAGUGAGGGCGGAAGUGAGAUGCAGGGAGGAGAGGAACUGAUGCACUGAGGAAGCUGCUGCUGGGACUCACUCCCUGGUAACAUGGCUGUGAAUAUUAUAGUGGAAUAUUGUGAACCCUGCGGGUUUAAAUCACAUUAUGAGGAGCUGGCAAGUGCAGUUCUGGAGGAGUUCCCUGAGGUCUCUAUAGACUCCCGUCCUGGAGGAACAGGAGCAUUUGAGAUUGAGAUAAAUGGAAAACUGGUUUUCUCCAAACUGGAACUUGGUGGAUUUCCCUAUGAAAAAGAUUUGAUAGAGGUUAUACGAAAAGCUACCAAAGGCGAACCAGUGGAAAAGAUCACCAACAGUAGAGCCCCUUGUGUCAUCUUGUAACACCUCCAGGAUGUGAGCUAAUUCCUGGCUCACAUUAUCGCUGCAGUCUUCUGCUCAUCCACUGGUACUUCCUACUGUGUCAGACAUCUGCUGUUCUCCAGCCAUGGUGCAGAUUAACGCCUCUCUCCCUCAGAUGAGACCUUCUGCAAUAUGCUGAUUAACAACUGUUUCCAAUAAUCCAUGGCUUCACCAUCAUUGCACUGCCAUCAACCACCCAGGCAGACACGAGCAUCAGAUGCAGUUCAAUUCACCGUUCUCUGCUCUCCAUGCUAUGGGAUGCAAAAUGAUGCAUCCUCAACUGUGUUCAUCCUUGUGCAAUAGCAUAUGGGUUUUAUUUAUUGCAUUCUCAGCUGUGCUUAACAGCCUGUUUAUAUUUGGAGUAACUGUAUUCUUUCUGUAUAUAAAUGCAGUGUUCAGUAUGUUUUGUACUAUGUAAUCUCCAAAUAUCAUGUUUAUCAACAAAUCUGCCAUGAAAUAUUAGAAGCAUUAAAGAAUAUUACAGUUA